CGCCGCCGCCGCCAUUUUGGAGCGACCCCAGCGCCGCCCGCGGCCCGAGCCGGUCCCGAGCCGCUGGCCGGCCCGCGCCGUGUCCGGGGGCGCCGCGCCCGGCCGGGCCCAUGUGCGUGCGGCUGGCCCCAGGCCGCCCGGGCUCGCCUCCCCCCGGGCCUCCGAGGAGCCGCCGCGACGCCCGGCCCGCGGGGCAGGUGAAGAGAGUAUAAAUCUUCUACUGAGUGAAAAAAUCUUUCUUAAAGUUACAUAUAGUCCAAGAAAAAAACCCCAAAUGUUUUUAUAUUUUGUUUGAGUAUAAAAUUAAGCAAGAAGUUUCCAUAAAAGAUACCCAUCCACACUCCUCACAGGAGAAAUGGGAAGAUCUCAGGACCCCGAAGAAAACUGAGUGGAGGGUUCGACUGUGGGGUCACUUGCACUGCCAGUCAAAGGCCCCUCUGACAGUGUGUGCGGAUCCUGGCCCUAGGGAAGCCCAGGCUGGGCCGUUGGUUAGCUCGGUCUGGCAAGCUUCGUGGCCGUCACCAUGUUCUGGAAGUUUGACUUGAACACCACGUCCCACGUCGACAAAUUGUUGGAUAGGGAGGAUGUGACGUUGCGAGAGUUAAUGGAUGAAGAUGAUAUCCUGCAGGAGUGCAAGGCUCAGAACCAGAAGCUGCUGGGCUUCCUCUGCAGGCAGCGGUGUAUGGAGGAGCUAGUGAGCCUCAUUACACAGGACCCGCCCCUGGACAUGGAGGAGAAGGUCCGCUUCAAGUAUCCAAACACAGCCUGUGAGCUGCUGACUUGUGAUGUGCCGCAGAUCAACGACAGACUAGGAGGGGAUGAGACUCUGCUGAACCUUCUUUACGAUUUCUUGGACCACGAGCCGCCUCUCAAUCCUCUGCUUGCCAGUUUUUUCAGCAAGACCAUUGGUAAUCUCAUUGCAAGAAAAACUGAACAGGUGAUUCAGUUCUUGAAGAAGAAGGACGGGUUCAUCAGCCUGCUGUUGAGGCACAUCGGCACCUCAGCCCUCAUGGACCUGCUGCUGCGCCUCGUCAGCUGCGUGGAGCCGGCUGGGCUCCGGCAGGACGUCCUGCAUUGGCUUAAUGAAGAGAAGAUCAUCCAGAGACUCGUGGAAUUGAUCCAUCCGAGUCAGGAUGAGGAUAGACAGUCCAACGCCUCUCAGACCCUCUGUGACAUCAUCAGGCUGGGCAGAGAGCAGGGCGGUCAGCUGCAGGAGGCUCCGGAGCCCGACCCCCUCCUCACAGUGCUGGAGUCGCAGGAGUGCGUGGAGCAGCUUCUGAAGAACAUGUUUGACGGAGACCAGACUGAGAGCUGCCUCGUUAGUGGGACUCAGGUGUUACUUACCUUGUUGGAGACAAGGCGGGCUGGGACAGAGGGCUUGGUGGACUCCUUUUCUCAGGGACGGGAAGGGCUGUGUACCGUCAGCAGCGGCAUACUGCAUGGCAUUGAGCCACGGCUGAAGGACUUCCACCAGCUUCUGCUCAGCCCGCCGAAGAAAGUGAGCUUCAUGCAGGUAGGGAUUCUGGAACAUUGGGUUAACGAGAAGGUGGACACGUCAUGCUGCCAUGCAUGGGGUCAGGAAACACCUGCGUCCAGUGUGACAAGGCCACUGUUACCCGUGUCCUCCGAGAGUCUUCGUGAGAAGACAGCAAUCCUGACCACCAUCGGCGUGCUGGAGGAGCCUCUGGGGAACGCCCGUCUGCACAGUGCCCGCCUCACAGCUGCGCUGCUGCACACAAACACGCCCAGCAUCAACCAGGAGCUCUGCCGGCUCAACACCAUGGGUUUGCUGCUGGACCUGUUUUUUAAGUACACUUGGAAUAACUUCUUGCACUUCCAAGUGGAACUAUGCAUUGCCGCCAUCCUGUCCCACGCUGCCCGGGAGGACAGGGCGGAAGCCAGCGGACCGGAGAGCGGGGUGCAGCUUCUGCCCGGGAACGGGGGCCCAGACACCCCCCCGCCUGCCGCCAGCCGCCCUGAGAGCACAAUGGUGACCCAUCUGUUCCAGAAGUGCUGCCUGGUCCAGAGGAUCCUGGAGGCCUGGGAAGCCAAUGAUCAUGCUCAGGCAGCGGGCGGCAUGAGGCGCGGCAACAUGGGCCACCUUACCCGGAUCGCCAACGCGGUGGCGCAGAACCUGGAGAAGGGCCCCGUGCAGACCCACAUCAGCGACGUCAUCCGAGGGCUCCCUGCGGACUGCCGAGGGCGCUGGGAGAACUUUGUGGAGGAGACCCUGGCGGAGACCAACCGCAGGAACGCUGUGGACCUGGUAAGCACCCACCACCUUCACCCCUCGAGUGAGGAUGAGGACAUGGAGGGCGUUUUCCCUAAUGAGCUGUCCCUGCAGCAGGCUUUCUCCGAGUACCAGGUCCAGCAGAUGACGGCCACCUUCGUGGAUCAGUUUGGCUUCAACGACGAGGAGUUUGCUGACCAGGAUGACAGUGUCACUGCUCCCUUUGAUAGGAUCGCGGAGAUCAACUUCAGCAUUGGUGCUGAUGAGGACAGUCCCAGCGCAGCUCUGUUUGAGGCCUGCUGCAGUGACCACAUCCAGCCCUUUGAUGAUGACGAGGAGGAUGACAUCUGGGAGGACAAGGAGAUGCACUGCACUGCCCGGGUGACGGCCAGAGCCAGGUUUGGGGGUCCUCACACCUCAGAGAGCUGUUCCAAGAAUGGCCUGGAACGUGGAGGCCAGGACAGGAAGGAGGGUUUGGAAGCAGACAAGGAUGCCGCUCGGGCAGGUGCCCCUCUGGCUUCUACCCAGAAGGAAGGUCCUCGCUUGGAGGGUGGCUCAGAAGGCACCUCGUGGACGGUGUUUGACGAGCCGGUGAACUCGCCGGCACCGGCCCCGGGAGUGGCGGUGGAUGUGGGUUCCAACGUGUGGGCAGCCAGCACCCCCAGCUCCUCGGCUUUGGAGGAAAAAGGCUGGGCCAAGUUCACCGACUUCCAGCCUUUCUGCUGCUCCGAGUCGGGGCCUAGGUGCAGUUCCCCAGUGGACAUGGGCCACGGCGAUGCCCAGGAUGGCCCGAAGCAGGGCCCCGAGAGAGCCCUAGGCCCGGCUUCCCCAUGUGCCUGGAGCGCCUGUGUCACCAGGAAGGCCCCCUUGGUGGUCUCCGACCACGGUGAGGACGAGCAGAAGAUGGCUGGUGCCUUGGAAGCUGUCAGUCUGGGUCCCAGCCGGGAGGCUCCCCUGCUGCCCGCAUCAGUCCCCAGGGCGGACACGCUGUCAGACCCCACCUCCCCCACGCCUGCAGAAGCAACCUCCACCUCGGCCGUGGCUGUCCCCCCCGAGGCUGCUGUGGCGGCCAGCCCAGCACCGAGCAAGGCCAGCCCCGCCCCAGCCACCGUGGCAGGCUCCCCGGGGCCUGCGGUGGCCGUCAGCUCUGCGGCCCCAGCCACGUGCACGGUAGCCAUCCUGGGCACCGUGACGAGAGACAGGAAGAUGGACUCACCACCCCCUGCAGGAGCCGCCUCGAACGGCCCCGUGUGAUGCUGCUGCCGCCCAGCCACGGCGCGCCCUUAUCGAGAAAACUACCUGGUGAUGAUGCAAUUUGUCUUUUUAAUUUAAUUUAAUUUAAUUUUAAAAUAAAUGCUGCAUUGGUAGGGCUGCCAGUUGGAACCAGUCGGACAGCCCAGCUUGCGUCUCUCCUGCCUGACCCCAGCUCCGCGCACAGCAAUAAGGCCUCCGACGUGCGCUCUGCCGGCGGGAGCCGGGGGCCGCGACCCCAAGACGCGUGCGCACGGAGGGCCGCGAUGGGCGUGGAUGCCGUGGGCUCCGAGCCUCAGUUUUUACGGAUUUUUUUUUUAAACAAACGCAGGAAAGAGCCACGUGUUUGCACUUUUGUGUCCAGCCACAGCAAAGGGUCUCCCUGGCUCUGGGGACAGAUGUGGGUCUGGAGCUGGACUGGCCAGACAGGGUCUUAGCUGCCCAGCGUCCCUGGGAGCUGGCCUUGAGCCAGGCUGCAAAAUUUGACUGCCUUAAAAUAAGACCCUCACGGCCUGGUGGGGCAGUUGGGGCACCUGGCGGGGGCUGGCCAUGGGUGUGCAGGAUGGGGCGCGGGGGUGCGGAGACUGGCCUCAGCGGUGCCGGGUGGGGUGGGGUCUGCACCUGUUGGGGAGGGCAGGGCCAGGCCACGUUGUCCUGGAGGGGUCUGUAGGAUUAUUUUGUGUUGAGUCCAUUUUUAAUGUUCUGAUAAUCUGACAGGGCACCCAAGACCCCAACUCCCAAUAAAAGUUGUGUUAUUCUUACUGAUAA